GCAAAUGUAAAACAGCAUUGAAUAUAUUAUGUAAUAAUUGAUGAAGCUAUCUUAGGUUAUGAAAACUUGUUUUAAAUAUUGUAGCAGCCAGUGGUAAAUCCAUAUGUUAUUAAAGAACAUCUCUUAAUGAAAAUUUAAGACUUAUCUAAGAAAUUUGGAAUAUUACUGGAGUGGAAUAUAGGAAUAUUUUUUAACUGUUUUAACUAACAAUACGAAAAAUGUACACUAACAUCAAUCAAUUUUAGAAUGUACUUUUUACCAAAAGUAAAAACAAAAAAUAAUGUUUAAGGAUAUAUACAUGAAUUACCCAUUUAUUUUUGUCAAAUGUUUUUGUAUUCUAUUAUUGGGAAAGUUUAUGGAGGCAAACAAAAAUAAUGUUCUUUUAGGCUUGAUAGUUGGCUAUUAAGAAAUUGUGUUAGGUAAUUUUUUUAAAAGACAAUUUUGUAAUACUUCCAUUUGGCAUUUUAGAAAAUAGUGACAGUAUUCCCAACAUGGGUAACUUGGUGUUCACCUAUCCUUCAUCUAUUCUUAAGUUUUUUAAUUUAUGUCACAAAUCAGUUCAAAAUGUUUUAUUCUCCGAAAAUUUGAUGUUUCACAAUGAAGUAUUGAAAGGGAACCCAAGGUAUAAAAAAUGAUGUUGGAUACUAUAGAGCUUAAAAAGUUGGUUAACAAGUCUUUCUAAUUUUUUUUAAAAGCUCUUUUCGUUCUCAAGAUAUUCACAUUUAAAGAAUUUCAGAUUUAAUUAUGCUGCAUAAAUUAUAAUGUCAUAUUUAAGCAUACAUAAAUUUUGACAUUUUAUGUCAUCAGUAAUUUUAGACCUGUUUAGGGAUGUGCAUUCAAACUUUAUCAAUGCAUAGAUAUUAUAAAGGUGAAUUCAUUAAGAUAAAAUUUUUUGCCAAAAUGACAUUCGUUUAUUCGCCCCAAUACUUAAAUAUGACAGCAUAAUUAAAUCUGAAAUUCUGUAAAUGUGAAUAUCUUGAGAAUGAAAAGACCUUUUAAAAAAAUUUGAAAAGACUUAACCAACUUUUUAAGCUCUAUAAUAUAUAAGUCCAACAUCAUUUAAUACAUCGGAUUCCCUUCAACUGUCAAAGGAUUUAUUAACCAUAUCCCACCCACUGCCCAAUGUCAGUUGGUGCUUAGCAUACAGUAUUCAAUUUGUAUGUCACUUUGGAUACAAAGAAAAAAUUUUUGUAAAGAAUAAAUGCAAAAAAGAACAAACUCUUAACACAUCAGUUAUUUAUAAUCAACGAGACUAUGUUAAUUUUUUGACUACCAGACAUCCUGUCUUUUUAAUUUGCGGAAGUUGAAGGUUGAAACAAUUUAUAUAUUUGGAAUAAUAAUAAUAAUAAUAAUAAUCAACAAUUAUCAUUUUUCAAAGGGGCACCCGCAUAGUAUGUAAGCAUGAAGGAGAAGGGGUCAAGCCAAAAGAGUAAAAUUAUUUAUGGACAGCACGUAAUGUAUAAACAUAUUUUUUGCACCACAAAACCUCUUUAUUUUGUGUGAUAAAAGCUAUUACAUUUCAAUUUUUUUAAAAAAUUGGUUUUAUUUUUGAUUCUCGAACAUUUCAAACAAUCUAUUUCUAUGGAUAGUCAUUCACCCCUUAAAAUCCACAGAAAUUAACACGUCUAAGCAAAGUCAACAAAAAUAUAUCUGAUUUAUUAACAUGACCCAGUCAUAGUUGACAAAUGAUCAACAGGUAUUAAUAUAGAGAUAGUUAAUGUUAUGGAACCUGGGAAAAAGUAAAAUAAAAAUAGCUUAAGAAAUUGUAGCAAAGUUAAAUGUAAAUAUAAAAUGUUUAAAGUAGAGGGUGCAUAUAAUUAGAAGUUUAUUUACAAGCCGUGUUUCUGUACAGUAGGGGGUAGGGGCCUAAUUUUAGCAAUCUUUGUGUAUGUGCAGAUAAAGUGGAUGUCUUGAAAAAGGCUGGCAAAGGAUGGCUGUCUGCUGAUGUUUGACUUUCUCUUUUAUGUAAAAAUUUUUAGCCCAUUGUUUUCUUGCUUAAUUUCUGAAAGUUUUGUAUGUCUGGCCCAGCAGAUUUUUGUAAAUUAUUUUGACUUAACAUAUAUUUAUAUAUAUUUUAGAUAAUGUUAAGAAUAAUUACCUCAAGAUGGCAACCUCAACAUUUUAUUUUGAAAUUCACUAAGAAACAAACCAGCAUAACAUUGUUUUCUACUCAUUCAAAACCCAGUUUGAAAAAAUGUAGCAGGUGUGGACAGGGCAUUUUAUCUAGAUCUAUACUUAAUUUCCACAACACUAAGUUGACCAUAAAUACUCUUGCAAAAAAUAAUAUAGCCAGUCAACAGAGUAGAGAUGUAUGGAGGUUGUUGUCAUUGGCAAGACCAGAAAAAUGGAAAAUAGGAGGCGCAGUUGUUUUGCUUCUUGUAUUUUCUUCCAUUUCCAUGUCUGUACCGUAUUUUAUUGGUAAAAUAUUUGAUAUUAUGUACACUCCGAAGGAUGAACAUGCAAGCAUGCUGUCAAAUUUACGAACAAUAUGUUUUACUCUAUCUGGUGUAUUUUUGCUUGGUGCAUGUGCAAAUGUUGGAAGACUUUACAUGAUACAAUCAGCUGGUCAAAAGAUUAUUCAAAGACUACGUAGCAAAACAUUCUCUGCAAUAAUUUCUCAAGAGAUGGCAUUUUUUGAUAGGACAUCCUCUGGUGAAUUAAUAAAUCGAUUAUCUUCGGAUACGACACUUGUUGGUAAAGCGGUCACUGAUAACGUCUCAGAUGGUCUACGUGCAACUGUUCAAGCAAUUGGUGGAAUUUCUUUGAUGGUAUAUACUUCUCCCAAAUUAGCGACUGUUGCUCUGUUUAUUGUUCCACCUGUAGUUCUUUUUGCUGGUGUGUAUGGACGUUUUGUGCGCAAGAUAACAAGGAGUGUUCAAGAUAAACUUGCUGAUUCCAGUCAAAUAGCAGAGGAAAGAUUUAGUAAUAUGAAAACUGUUCGUGCGUUUGCACAGGAACAUAACGAAAUGAAAGUUUAUAACCAGAAAGUUCAAGAUGUGUAUGAUCUUGCUAGGAAAGAAGCACUAGCUAGAGCAGCUUUCUUUGGAUUUAAUGGUUUUUCUGGCAAUUGUAUAGCUCUUCUUGUUUUAUACAAUGGUGGUGUCAUGAUGGCUGACUCACUUAUCACUGUUGGUGAUUUGACUUCAUUUUUAAUGUAUACAGUUUAUGUUGGUAUAUCUAUAUCGGGUCUUGGUACAUUUUACACCGAGCUGAUGAAAGGUCUGGGUGCAAGUACAAGGAUAUGGAAUAUAAUUGACAAGCAGCCUGCUAUUCCUUUAAGUGGUGGUACACAGAUUUCUGAAGCGAUUAAGGAUCAAUCUAUACAAUUUGAAAAUGUAAUGUUUUCCUAUCCUGCAAGACCUGAAAUACAAAUUCUUAAUAAUUUUCAACUGCAUGUUCCCUCUGGUUCAGUUACUGCUAUUGUUGGGGAGAGUGGUAGUGGAAAGAGUACAAUUGGUUCCUUACUGCUACGUCAUUAUGAUGUUAAUGGUGGCGGUAUAAAAAUAGGUCACCAAGAUAUUACUUCAUUUGAUCCUUCUUCUCUACGCCAACAUAUAGGAACAGUAAACCAGGAACCCAUUUUAUUCUCAACAACCAUCAGUAAAAAUAUUGGAUAUGGUAUAGAUAAUGAUGUCAGUGAUGAAGAAAUUCACAUGGCUGCCAAGAAAUCUCAUGCUUAUGAAUUUGUUACUAGCUUUCCAGAUGGCUUUGAAACAGUUGUUGGAGAGAGAGGCCAAAUGUUGUCAGGCGGACAAAGACAGAGGAUUGCAUUAGCAAGAGCAAUAUUAAAGGAUCCUUGCAUUCUGUUGUUGGAUGAAGCUACUAGUGCUCUUGAUGCUGAAAGUGAGCACCUAGUGCAGGAUGCAUUACAGAAGCUUAUGAGAGAUAGAACAACCAUUAUUAUUGCUCAUCGCUUGUCAACAAUCAAAACAGCUGAUCAAAUUGCUGUCCUACGAAAUGGUGCAGUUGCUGAAGUGGGUGGUUAUUAUGAACUUUUGAAGAAAGAGAAUGGUUUGUUUCGACAACUUGUUGAAAAGCAAUCCCUUGAUAAUUCAUAAAUGAUUACAGUAUUUUUGUAUUAAACAAUAUUCCUUUUUUAAUGAAGCGUUGUGACACGUUUAUGUUUUUAUGUGAAUUUAUUUUUUAAAGAUAUAAUAUGCUGUCUCUGUAAAGCAAUUUUGAAGGUUUUGUUCUGCUAAAUCAAACAUUAUUUUCAUUUUUUUAUUGUUUUGUUUUAUUUAUAAAAAUGCUUAGGAUUACCUAUUUUAUAUCAAAGCGGGAUUGUAAUUUAUUUAAGAAAAAUUAUUUGGAUCCUGUAAUGUUCACCAUGGAGUUGUUGCUGUCAGGUACUCAAUAAAAAAAUGUUUUUUUUAACAACAAAACCGUAUUAUAUUUCGACAAGCUUUUAGUGGCAACAAUCCGCCUUGAUCACAUAAAUACGUACAAACACGAUAUAGCAAUUUUUUUAUAAAAUCAUAUACACAAGUAAUCAAAUAAAGUACAUUUGUAAUGCUAAAACAAUUCUAAAGGCAUAGAUUGAACAACAUCAAAAUCGACAAAGGGAGCAAAACAGCAUAUUUUCAAGAAUUAUGAAAAAAUAUCUUUUGUUUUUUAGUGAAUAUUCCCCAAAUUAAGAAAUGGGUCUAUAAAAGCUAACUAUUUGAAAUUAAUUAACAUUUCGAAGUCUUUAUGGGUGCUAAACUUUCUAUGAAUGCUGAAAUAUUGAAUAUUUUCACAAUAUGACAAUUUAUAGCUGUCUUUUGCCAUUUUAUAAUUUUUCUCUUGUACAAAAAAGUCUGCAGAUGUUAGUUAAUAUUAGUAAACAGACCUGUUUGCUUAUGCAAUAUAGUAAGUAUUAGUAAAUCCUAACAUAAUUUUAACUGCUUGUAUGAGAAGGUAUCUUCAAAACUUGUCCAAACUGGGUUGGGCACUAGGUUUUCAAAUAUGUCUACUACAAGUCUAUUCUUGUAUCUUAUUUGAUAGUUUUUUUACUAUUUAACUUUUAUUUAUUUACUUAGGCUAGGGUAGAAGUUAAAAUAUUUUUAAAUCAAUACAUUUUGUCCUGGUUUGAA